AUGCUCAUCAUCUCGUCUCGCAGUGCGCUGCUGUCCGUCUACUACCCGCAGAUCUUCCUCAUCCUCACCAGCGGUAGCUACCUGGCGCUGUCCUCCGUGGUGGCUCUAGGUGCUAACAUCAUCUGCAACAAGAUACCAGGACUGGCCCCCCGUCAGAGAGCCCUCUGUCAGAGUCGCCCUGAUGCCAUCAUUGUCAUCGGGGAAGGCGCCCAGCUGGGCAUCAACGAGUGUCAGUACCAGUUCCGCUACGGCCGCUGGAACUGCUCGGCCCUGGGCGAGAGGACGGUCUUUGGACAAGAGCUGAGAGUAGGCAGCAGGGAAGCAGCAUUCACCUAUGCCAUCACCGCCGCAGGAGUCGCCCAUGCAGUGACCACAGCUUGUAGCCAAGGCAACCUCAGCCAGUGUGGCUGCGACCGUGAGAAGCAGGGCUACCACGACCAGGAGGAGGGCUGGAAGUGGGGGGGCUGCUCAGCCGACGUUAAGUACGGCGUGGAGUUCUCACGCCGCUUUGUAGACGCCCGUGAAAUCAAGAAAAACGCCCGGCGGCUGAUGAACCUGCACAACAACGAGGCAGGGCGAAAGGUCCUUGAGGAGAGGAUGAAGCUGGAGUGCAAGUGUCACGGCGUGUCCGGUUCCUGCACCACAAAGACAUGCUGGAUCACCCUGCCCAAGUUCAGAGAGAUCGGCUACCUGCUGAGGGAGCGCUACAGCGAUGCAGUUCAAGUGGAGCCUGUCCGGGCCUCGCGUCUCCGCCAACCCUCCUUCCUACGACUCAAAGAGGCCCGGGGCUACCAGAAACCGACGGACACAGACCUGGUGUACCUGGAGCGGUCGCCCAAUUACUGUGAAGAGGACACAGCCACGGGGAGCACAGGGACGAGAGGCAGAGUGUGCAACGGCACCUCCACUCUCACGGACAGCUGUAACGUGAUGUGCUGCGGAAGGGGUUACAACACACACCACUACACACGCAUCUGGCAGUGCAACUGUAAGUUCCACUGGUGCUGUUUUGUCAAGUGCAACACGUGCAGUGAGAAAUCAGAAGUUUUUACCUGCAAGUAGGAGAAGAUGAAGAAGCCUGAGGAGAUAAUGAGGAAAAGACAAUGGAUGAAAGAGAAGAGGAAUUUGAAGAAGACUUGGAAGUAUUUAUUUAACAAUUUGCACAUUUUUACAUCCUGUUUUGGAAUUCUUUAAAAGAAAAAGAAACUGAUGCAAAGCUAGGAGAAUUUAAAAGAAAAAAAAAGAGAGACGUGACUUUCGACUCAAACGUACUUCAGGUGAAAGGAUUUGAAUUUUCUUUGUCGGCCUGUGGCAAAGUCAUAUCUGGAAGACGAAAUCUUACAAAGAUGCAGCUUACAGAUGCCACGCCUUGCACGGGGGAAAAAAACAGCAAGAGGAGAAAUCUUUAUGCUGAAGCGCUUUAGGACUGCCGUGAAUCACACACUCCGGAUGACGACUGAGAGAUGGCAGAGGAAAAAAUGAACUGUAUGCUCACACUGUAUUCUGUUUGAACACUGAAAUAAAACAAUUUUAUUUAUGUUAAAGAAUCUCUCAACCCCAAAAAUCUUGUAGGACGGAUAUGUGCUUUCGAAGCAUUUGACCCCAUUUUUGAUGAUUUCCCCAAGUCCCAGAUGUUGAAGUCACAUUUUCAAACAUUCAACUGCAAGGUCUGCUAAUUCCUCCUCAUCCAUCACAAGGCAUCAAAAGCCUGUUACACUACAUUUUAGUCUUCUUUUGCACUCUUAUAGUCACACUCUUCCUCUUUUUCAUGGGAUAUAGUUAAGUUGGUGUA